UGGCACCCACCAUGAGCAACCUACCCAAGGAGAACGAGCACAGCGGCAACAACCUGGAGGAAGAGGUACGGACACUCUUUGUCAGUGGACUUCCUGUGGAUAUCAAGCCAAGAGAGCUCUACCUGCUUUUCCGGCCGUUCAAGGGUUAUGAAGGAUCGCUGAUCAAACUAACGUCCAAACAGCCAGUAGGCUUUGUUACCUUUGACAGCCGGGCUGGUGCAGAAGCUGCCAAGAACUCCUUGAAUGGCAUCCGCUUCGACCCAGAGAACCCCCAGACGUUGCGGUUAGAGUUUGCAAAAGCCAACACCAAGAUGGCCAAGAGCAAACUGAUGGCCACGCCAAACCCCACCAACCUCCACCCUGCCCUGGGAGCGCACUUCAUUGCACGGGACCCCUACGACCUGACCGGAGCGGCCCUGAUCCCGGCAUCUCCGGAGGCCUGGGCUCCCUACCCACUCUACGCCACAGAGUUAACCCCUGCCAUCCCACAUGCUGCUUUCACAUACCCAGCUGCCGCCGCUGCCGCCGCUGCCCUUCACGCUCAGAUGCGCUGGUAUCCUCCUUCUGAAGCUGCCCAACAAGGAUGGAAAUCUCGUCAGUUCUGUUAGUUUUUA